CCAAUUCUUUGAUUAUCACCGGAAUAACCAGUCAUUGCAUUCAUCUGUUAAUUAUGAGAUCUUUUCCUUAUUUUGAUUUGACGUCAAUUCCCUUCAUUACAGCCAUCAUCCUAUUACUGGUUAACCAUUACUUCGCGUUUUCAUAUUUCUCAUCCGUUUAUUACCCAUUCACUCAAGUCUUAGCCUUCUUCACCAUCUGCUUAUGGCUCAUCCCUUUCGCAUUCUUCAUAUCAUUAUCGGCUAAUGAGAACACGAAAGUGAUGUCGUUUCACAUUAUUUCUCCCGAAGAGGCAAAAGAUAUGGUUUGCUAUCGU